CAAAUUUAGUGUACUAGCUAGUCAGUUUUUCAACUUCUACAUCUUCAUAGAGGAUCACGAAAAUCUGGCUUAUUUCGGAGCAGUAUCAGUUUAGUCUAUUUAUCGCUUGUAUUGUCUCUGUUUAUCACCCACCUCACCAUGCCUCCACGGCGCGCGUCCCCGGUCCAGAGUCCGGCACGUAGCCCGGUCCGGAGAACUCCUGCCGUAUCAAAUGUAAAAAUGUCUGGGUCUGGAAGUGUGCAAGUUUGUCAUGCUUGUCUGGCAUGACUCUUAAGUCUGUCAUGCACAUUACCAAAGAGCCCCACUUUUCUGUCAUGCAGAAACGUAGUUUGUCAUGCAGAAUAGGCAACACCUAGAGUAGAAGCUCAGAAACUUGUCAUGCUGAGCCAGCAGUUGUGGCCUCCUCAUGAUACGCCACACAGCAUCACAAGUUUCCAGACCCAGACACUUUUACAUUUGAUAUGCCGGUCGGAAGGCCAACAGAUCCAAGUCGCCCACCCCGGCGCCGAGUAAGAGGGGAAGCAAAGACAACGCUGCGUCCGCCGCCCGGAGUGCAAAGAGGCAAAGGAAGGUGACUUUCGACGAAGGUGAAGAAGUGGAUGCACAAGCGGAUGUGCCGGCCUCCUCUUGUAAAGGGAGAAAUACAUCCGCAAAUAAGCGUGAUAAGGAAAAGGACAACCCGACUUCGGCUUCACCGGUGCAUCUGGACGAUAUCAGCGGUGACAAGCGAUUGAGCAAAAGUAGCGCUGGGAAAAACAGCAAGAAAGAGUCGCCAGUCUUUGGAGGUGACAGGAAACAAGUGCAUGCAAGUCCACCGCCGUCAGCGUCGCCCUUGAGGUUGAUGCCCGUGAUAAAAGGCGAUAGUUCGUACGCGGCGGAUCAUGCUUUGGGCGGUAUGAAAAUGCAGUCUGUGUUCGAUCUGGACGAAGAGGACGAUGUUGGCGCUGGAGGACCGGCUGGAAAGAAAGCCGCCACCUCUUCAUCCAAAGACCCGUUUGCGAGUUUCGAAGAUGCUGUGGAGAACGUGGCGAAACCCUUGAAGAUGAAUCGUGCAAUAGCAUCAGCAAGCUCCCAACCAGCAACAAGCAGCUCCAGUACGAACAACCAUGCAAAGCCACUGAACAAACCUUCUUCAUCGCAGCAACUACAGCGGCAAGACUCGACUUUGGGUGGCGCGAAAACGAACGCCUUCAAUUUGUCCUCUUUGAAAACCCCGGAUGGGCAGCGACGGCGACAGGAUCUGGACCGAACCGAAAAUAGGAACAGGGCCGUUGAGAAAACAGAGAACACGAUGGAGAAAGUUAUGAAGAUUUUGCUAGGGGAACAAGAAGGAACACCAGGAGCGUGGUCAUCUUCACUGUGUAGUACAACUCUUGACCAAAACAGCCGACCGAUUUUCUCGUCCACCGCUGCGAGAAGCCGCGGCAAGCGAGUGUUCGACCACGAGGAGGUGUCGACUAUGAUAAAGGAAGCGUUGCAAGUGGGUUUUGCUGUGGUCACAGAUCCGCAUGGAAGCUCAGAGCCCGGAACAAGCGAAAGAAGAAAAACGACUAGUAGAAAAAGAACAGCACGAAGACCAGCAGGGCUGAACUACCGCGUCUUGGAGCGCGAGACUGAGGUCGCGCAACUAAACGACUGGUAUUCGCUACAAGACCGUGCGCUGGCGACAACACCGCUCUUCAUCCGGGGAGGGCAGCAGCAAGGGAAAACGAAAUUUGUCUGCGACUUUUUCAAGACUGUGAGGAAAGUCUACAAGGCAGAAGUAGUGGGUGGAGAUCUUCAAAAUAGUAGCGCAACAUCUUCGAAGCCGCAACAAAAGCCUUCUUUCAAACUGGAAGUGUUGCACGUUGUGAAGCCGAUGAUACCUCUUUUGUGUCCGGCUUUUGCGUCUUCGUCGGCUCCUGUGGGCGUAGUUUCUGACUUUGCAAGCGAAGAAGCCCACACUUCAUCUGUUCCGCUAAAACAAAGCUUCCAGCCGCUUUCCUUUGCGGAACUUCACAAACGCGCUCUGAGGAAAACGACCCCCGGCGAGAUCGAAAUAGCCGCCAUUGGACACGAGAUCGAGCGAGUGCUUCAGAAGGAAGAAAGAUUGGAGGAAGAGACCAUUUUCUUCUCCGCAACAGGUGGUCGCUCAGCCGCUAGUGCAGCUAACAACGCUACCGAGGCCGGCAGGCUGUCCCAGAUGCUACUGAAUGACAAGCAGCCCAUCGCAGGAGCAGUAGAGAAUAGCACGUCAGCUGCAAAAACUUUGCAAGGGGCGCCUUCCACGACCGCGGCAACACCUUUCCAACAGCUCCCACCUAUGAACGCCAACCGGAUUUUCGAGAUGCUGCGGGUCGCCUCGAAGAAGGCCGCAAAAACGUUCGGCAGCUGGCUCGAGCACCCGAUGGUGCUGAUUUUGGAUGACUUGCUGGAAUCCCCGACAAAGAUAUCGAACAGGUCAGCGAGCAACGCCUUGACGGCAAACUCGCGCGGCUUCGAGACCGAAAGCGAGCAAGCUGCGAAGAUUUAUGGCGUUCUCAAAUGUUACAUUCUCAACUGUUACAUGAUUUGUCAUGCAAAAUUGCAAUCAGAAUCGACGCAAUCAAGCUGCUUCGCAUGACAAAUUCCCGACGAGCCCAACAGGCUGAGAAUCUUUGCCAAAUCUGUCAUGCAAGAAGCGCAAGGUCUCCUAUUUCACUGUUGCACUUGUUGCAUCACAAAUCCAUGUAACAGUUGAGGAUGUAACAGUUGAGAACGCCAUAAGAUUCUCACCGAGUUCGUGUCCGAAUUAGUCAAGCAGUACGGCAACAUCGUCCGUGUGAUCUGGAUCAACCCCCCGAGCUGUGCACUGAAUUGUUCGCAAUCCACGCUUCCGAUCUUCGCAGACACUAUUACGUUAAAGAACUUCACCCUCGAACACUUGGUUGCCAUGUUCAGUCGGGAAGUCUUGGCAUCCGGGAUUCUGGAAGAACUGCAAGCUAUGUUGAAGAACAAGACCAGUAGCAAUUGCAAUUCAAACUCGAAGGCAAAUCCAAGCGCCAUCAGCAGUGUAGCGACUACACAGAUGAGCUCCUCUGCUGCGUCAAUUCCGGAAACAGGAAAAGCGGUCGUGAAACAAUUCCUGCACGUGCUGAAUGUGAAAAACGAGCUCUUCGAUCACCAGCUCCAAUGCCAACUGUUAACCAACAAGUUUCUCGCGAACUGCAUGGAGGCAUUUCGCUGCUAUUGCUUCGACUACCAGGCGCAGCUGAAGCAGACCAAAGAAACCGCUCUGGAAUGGCAGUGCUUGGUGAAUUACGUGCUGAAGAAGCGGUAUUGGUUUUAUUGGUUUUGUGCUUAGAUUACGACGUUUUUUUAGAAUGGCGCUCUUCGCUUCUUGCACUUUUUCCAAACGAGAGGUUCCAAGCAUAAUCUGAAAAAAAAAAUAACCACGUGAUAAUUCGACAUCGAAAAACAGUGCUCCCCUGCCCCGUCCGCGCGCGGAUUUACAACUUCGUCACAUCAAUGGAACUGUCGCAACGACGGCGAAAGAGUUGGACGGAGCCAGAGCUUCUUCUGACAUGACGGGUUCUUUCUCUCCCUGCGUAAAUCUGGCCAUCGUGGCUGCGUUCCUUGCGCAAUACAAUCCCAAGGAUGCGGACCGGGUGUUACUCAUGGGGGAUUGCAACGACAAGUGGAGCAACAAGAAAAUCCCGAACAAGGCCUUCCAAGAUUGCGGGCUUUUUCUCGGAAAACUCCGAGCUCCGGUGGAGGAACGACAAGGGAAAAGCAACAGCGUGAUGCGUGUGCGGGCGGUUUUCGAGAUUUUACAGGACAAAUUCUUCCCCAGGUUGAAGUGCGUCGAAGGGCAGAGUUUGUUCACCGCGGGUUGCUCCGGAGUAGACAUUGCAGGAGGAAAUGGGGUCGGACAUGGUCAGGGACAGACUUUUUGGUUUGACGCCCUGAACUGUUUGACGAGGGAACUGAAACUGUGGAGUGUCAAUCCGGUGACGCAGUUGGUUACGAGCCAUCUGCAGGAGGAGGAUGUUUACAAAGCACUGGAGAAGUUGGGGCAGGAUCCUGCAAAAUUUUUGCAAGACUACCUCCUGCAAUCAUAGAUCAGAAUACACAACUAAGUAGAUUUUUGUUCUGGGGAUCGACAUGGUUCACGGUGAGGAGGAGGACGUUGAGGUCGACGAACGUGAGUAUUUGUGUUGCAAGUGACAGUGAAAGAACCUGUCCAAAUCUCUACGAAACCAAAGUCUUCGCAUGGUUUGAAAAAAAAAACCGUUGUCGCGCACCAAAAGACAAAAGGAAGAGGAAUUUGACCAGGGGCUGCAGUUUGUUCGAAACACGAUUUGUAUUAUUCGAG